CUAUAAAUAAGCGGAAGGAAAACACAACCUACAGCACAAUAGACCAAAAACGUGUUACAGGAUACAGUUACUAGCUAAUUUUCAGCCAUGGCUUCACGUAGCAUAUUCCAGGCUCAUGUCUUUCUCAUAUUGGCUCUGGCAACAACAGCUUUUUCAAAAGCACUGUCUCCUUAUUAUUAUGAGAAAGUUUGCCCCAAAGCUUUGCCAACUAUCAAACGAAUAGUCGAAGCUGCUGUUUCCAAAGAACGCCGCAUGGGUGCUUCUUUACUACGUCUACACAAUCAUGAUUGUUUCGUCCAAGGUUGUGAUGCUUCCAUUCUUCUGGAUGCUACAUCCACCAUCGACAGUGAGAAGAAUGCAUUUUCCAACAUAAAUUCCGCCAGAGGAUUCGAAGUUAUCGACAAGAUCAAAAAAAAGAUUGACAAAAUUUGUGGACGCCCUGUGGUUUCUUGUGCAGAUAUUUUAGCUGUUGCAGCUCGUGAUUCUGUCGUUGCGCUUGGAGGGCCAACAUGGAAGGUGCCAUUAGGAAGGAGAGACUCAAACACAGCAAACAGGACCUUAGCCAACAGUGACAUUCCAUCGCCAUUCAUGGACCUCCCUGCACUAAUUGACAACUUCAAAAAGCAUGGCCUCGGCGAGAGAGAUUUAGUGGCGCUCUCUGGUGGUCACACUCUUGGUUUCGCGCAUUGUCGUAACGUUAGAGAAAGAAUUUACAGUGGAACAAACAUUAACUCUGACUUCGCAAAAAAGCGAAGAAAGACAUGCCCACGUAAAGGAGGAGACACCAAACUUGCUCCUAUAGACCCAACUCCUGCACGCUUCGACAAUUCAUAUUUCUCCAAUUUGUUAAAGGAGAAGGGGCUUUUUGUAUCUGAUCAAGCACUUUUCAGUAAUGGCUCAACUGAUGGCCUCGUUAAGACUUAUAGCUACAACCCAAAGGCUUUCUCCACUGAUUUUGUAAAAUCUAUGAUUAAGAUGGGGAACAUAAAAGUGUUGACAGGAAAGCGUGGUCAAAUUCGUAAGAACUGCAGGAAGGUGAACAGCUACUACUGAGGCACUGGCACUCGUCGUUUUCGGUUUUUGUUUUCAAUGAGUGAAACUGCUUUGGAAAGAAUUUGUUAAAUAAGAGGCUUCUGUAUGUUCCGUAAUAAGUGUGCACGGAAGAUAUUCAUAGCCUCAUCGUGAACUGUGAGAAUAAGUACUCAGUUUAAUUGUAUCUAAACAUGCUUUUCUCUUUUCUUUUUAUUAAUCAAUUAAAAUC